AUGAUACAUAAUACAGCCAAAAAGGCAGCUCAGGCCUUACCAGUUGCAUUGGAUGAAUUUCUUGUUGAUAUCUACUACUAUUUAGACAAGAGCAGUAAACGCAUUAAAGGAGUGAAAGCCCUGCAAGAACUUUGUGAUGCCCCGACACACAAGAUUCUGAAGCAUGCUGCAACAAGAUGGCUGUCACUUGGUCAGUGCUUAGACAGGUUAAUAGAACAAUGGGAGCCCCUUCGCCUCUUCUUCAAAGCAGAAGUGCAAAAAAAGAUGAAACCGAAGAAAGCCAUAAAUCUAACAUCCAGCAAGAAGAAGACCGCUGUAUCUACUGGCACUGCAGGAUCUGUAGCUACAGUAAGCACAAGUGGAGCAACACUGGUGAGAGCUGGUAGCAUCACUGGCCCUUCAGGUUCAUCUCUUAGAGACCAGAUUCCUUCAGAGUCAAGAAAAACUACUCCCAUUGAAAGCUCAAGCUCUCUCCUUAAGCGUAAAAUUGGAUCUGGUACUCAGAGUCUGACUACUUCUGCUGGCAGUAAACGCAAGUGUAAUCUUCCUGCCACUAAGUGUUCUACUAGUACUACAACAAAAAGUGCAUCUUCCUCCCACACCUCUUGUGAAAGGGCAUUCAGUGUUGUGCGGAAGAACCAUACUGAAUUUCGUCCAAACUUGAGUGUCAGAACCCUGGAAGCCCUCUUGAUUGAAAAGCUUGCACAUAGUACCCCUUGCUUUCAAAGGGAAUACAGCAAAGACAUUAUCAGAAGGGCUAAGAAAGCCACACAGCUGUCACUCAGCAAAGCUGCUGGAGAAGGAAGCAGUACUAGUUCUAGCCAGUGGCUCUCCCUGGAAAAUGCAUUGAACAGACUGCUGGAGCAAUGGACCCCACUUCAGCUAUACUUCCAAUCUAAAGCCGAAUCUGGAAAGAGAAAAUGUAAGGAAUCAUCAGUCCCUCCCCAGUCAAAGAAGCAAAAAGUCAGCCACGAUGGUCCAGAUCUCUCUAAAGAUGGUUCUGUUAUAGGCUCAACUCAAACAUCUGCCAAGUCAUCUGCCAAGUCAUCUGCCAAGUCAUCCGCCAAGACAUUGGCUUGUACUAACCCUUGUGCAAUCAAGAAAUGUGCAUCUUCCAUGACCACGAACAGUUCUGCCAAUCCAACCAAGAACUGGAGUAUUAUCAAGCAUCCUAUUCUGGCCUCUUCAUCUUCACUCACUCUGAGCAGUGCUAUGAAGUCCUUCAAGAAACCACAUACUUCAGUCAAAGUAAGCACUACAACCACUGCAAAGUCUACAACCAAGUCUACAACCAAAGUGAAUCUGGCUUCUAGUAAGAAUCCUCCUGCAAGUUUGGGUAAAGAUUCAUCAUUGAGUGGUCAACAAGAGUACAUCACAGGGUACUGUAAAGUUGUUUGCCGGUUCAAGGUCACAUAG